AUGGUCUGGGACUUUAGAAGAUCCAAGCGAACUGAGAACUCCGCCCUCUACAUUGAUGGAGAGGAGGUAGAGAGGGUGGAGAGCUUCAGGUUCCUCGGGGUCCACAUCUCUACGGACUUCACAUGGUCCACCCACAACUCACACCAGGUGGGGAGGCCCAACAGAGACUCAGAGUGGGUGAUUGGGAAAACACUACCUCCCCUCAGAGACGUUUACACCAGCAGACUUCAGAGGAAAGCCAGGGGAAUCACCAGAGACCCCUCACACCCAGGACACUCUCUAUUCUCCUCCCUCCCCUCAGAAAUGCUGCGUCAUGACAUCAUCGUGUUAGAGUUGCUCGUCCAAUCACACGCGUCGUCUCGCAAGAACUGCGCGAUACACGAACGGACAAAGAAGUCGUCUUUGUUACAUGUUUUUUGCUCUGCUGAUGCAGCAGGAGGUUGUGAUGUUCUCCAGCGGCGCGCCACAGCCGUCUGUUGGCCCUUUACGGACCUCCAUGCCACGUUAUCAAGCUCAGCAGAGCUUCAGCACAUGCACAUCGAGCACACGGAGAAGAAAUGCCAGGUAUCUGAAAGCACAACCAUUGAGGACCUUGAAAAGGCAAAGGCACCUCUGCUUGACUACUUGGCCAAUGCAGGAUGUCUGAGGCCUCUUCGGUCAAUCAGAGACAGGGAUCUGCUGGUACAAGACAUUGUCAUGUUUCAGGUCAUCCACAGAGUUCAAGGACCAUUCCAAAGAUUCCAUGAAGGACUGAAAACUCUUGGGGUUCUGGAGAAAAUCCAAAAACAUCCAGACGACCAGUUGGAUGAUCUUUUCGCCAUUCGUCUGUCCCCAGAAGGGAGCAACAAGAGAGUUGUAGAGGAAGUGGUGAUUCCCUUUUGGAGAGACUAUCUUCAAGAUGCAGAAGAAGAAGAAGGACCAUCUAAACUACAGAAGAUAUUGGCAUUCGCCACUGGAGCAUCUGUUGUCCCUCCUAUUGGCUUUUACCCAAGUCCGUCUGUUGAGUUCAUUCAUAAAAGAGAUGACGAUUUCUCUUCUACACCACUGUUCCCAAUGGCCAACACCUGUGUUAACUGUAUCAGGUUGCCACUCCAUGCGUCAUACCAUCUCUUUAAGGAGAAGUUUGACUUUGCCCUAGGAAACACAUAUGGGUUUGGCAGAGCCUGAAUGGCAUGUUUGUCUUUUAUGUUCUAUUCUCCAUCUUUUAUUUACACAUUGUUUAUUAGUUUUACAGAAAGUUUGAACAAAACAUAGUUGAAAGGAAAACACAUUAACAUAGUCUCCUUACAGAAAGAUGUGGAAGAGUGAGGAAAACAAAUCAAUACCAUGGUUCCCAACAUUUUCCACUGGAUUUACUUGUUGGAUCCUGUUCAUUGUGGUCUCAUUGAUUGUUAUUGUAAUGUCUGGAAUUGUAAUGUUGUUAUUAGUUUGAAGUUGCGGCAAAGGCUAGUGUUCAUUGACGUCAUACUCUGUGUCUAAAUGUAUAAUGUCAUUUAUAAUUGGUUCAAUUCCAAUGUUGUUAAUGACACCUGAAUGCCACAACUGAAGAGGUGUCUGGCCCCCUUGUGUCGAGAGGCCAUGGUUGUUCCACUGGUUAAUAAAUUCGGUCACUGCCUGCUGAAGUCUUGGCAAAUAAACAU